CUAAAACCAGCCCCCAAACUCCCCGUGUGCCGUGUCCCCCAGGGCAGCUGUGCCGGCUCUGUUGGCGCUGGCGCUGCGGGGCCCGCUCUGGUUGCCCGCGCUCCUUUACGGGCUCUGGCUGCUGGCGGACCGGGACACUCCCCGCCGCGGGGGGCGCCCUUGCGCCUGGGUGCGGGCCUGGCCCGUCUGGCGUCACUUCCGGGAUUAUUUCCCCGUCUCGCUGAUCCGCACGACGCCGCUGGACCCCCGCAGAAAUUCCAUUUUCGGCUUCCACCCACACGGGGUUUGGUGUCCUCAGAACCCUCCAGCCUGGAGCAUUUGCUGUCCCAGCCCAGGGGGGGCGAGGUCGCCGUGAUCGCCCUGGGGGGACCCCCCGAGUCCCUGGAGGCGCAGCCGGGGGCGCUCAGGCUGCAGCUGCUCAGCAGGAUGGGAUUCGUCAGGAUUGGGCUGAAAUUUGGGUAAUUUGGGACAUUUUGGGGGGUUUGGGGUCAUUUUUGG